UUGUAGUAGCAUAUUGGCCAAUAAAGAUGAAGAGAAGAAGAUGAAUAAUCUAACCUUACAUUACCAAAAUGUAAAUAUUUUGAAUGUAAUGUAAGGUAAACAUAAAAAAGCGUUUUUAAUUUCUCAUUUUUCGUCAUGGUUUGGUCUCCUAUUUAUAAUUUAACAGAUUUUUUAAAAAACAAGCCUCCGUUAAUAGUAGUUUUGCUAUGUUUGGUAGCCUUGGCUGUGUCUACUUUCUACUAUGCAUUCGAGAUACAGGAUGAUGGAGCAACUGCAGAUAGUGAUAAGAAACACGACUGGCUACAGAUGCUUAAAUCUUUUAAUAAGUUGGACACAUGCUUACAAAAGAAAACCUGGACCCAAAGUGAAACAAAUUCAGAUAAAGAAAUUUCUGUUUUUACUUUAAUUAAUCUGGAGAAUCCAGAAAUUUGGAGCCAGUACUCUGAGAUUGAGGGGUUUUUGACACUUGAAGGAUUUCACUUUGUAUCUUGCAAAAAUUCUGAAAUCCAACCACAAAGUCUUAAAAUUGUAUUUUCUCUUCCACCUUUAACUAAGCAAAACACGAGUUCCGACAUCUGCGCUACAAUUGUGGGACCAGCUGAGUAUUUGCCUCAAUUUGUGGAAGCAAACUGUAAACCAUAUGAGGGAAAAAGUUCAAAGGUAAAUAAAGGGUACAUAUCCUCAAAACCAGGUGGGAAGGUCGACCAAGAUUUUUGCAGAAAUGGAGAAUCUCAAGGUCUACAUUUCAGCUUAGAACAAAAUGAUAUAGCAAAUUAUUUAAAUGAUGAUGUGAGAGUAAUGAUUUAUGUACACUUAAUGUGGUGCAGUUACAUUUUAGUUUUUAUUAUAUUCUGUAUAAUAAUAUAUGCCUUGUGUUGUCGUAAAGUAGACUACAAAAAAGAGUUCUUAGUGGAACGGAUUUUAUAAUAUAUGUGCCUAAGUCAUAAUAAAACACUGGAAA